AUGUCAACUGCGAACAUUAAGACGAAAUGCACUGAAGCAAAGAGAGUAUCAGUCUCGUACGAAGCGGAGCAACAGGCUGUUUUAAUGUGGAUACUUUUGCAGGGCGACGUAACCUCCUUUACUGUUCAAUGCCCAAGAAAGAAAUCAGAGACGUCGCAAUUUGUCGAGAUUUCAACGGUCGAAAUUUGCGGAGAGAAGAUCGAUUUUUCGGAGUACAUUGAGCACUUCAUUGAGGCGAGCGGAAAGGCACUCGACAAGUCUUCGAAGAACUACAACAAAUAUAAUAAAAGAAAUCACAUUGCAGCAAUUAACAACACCCUCAUCUUAUUAGUUCAGAUGAGUGGGUUUAAUGUAGUUCUUAAACACUAA